AUGCCCCACACACACACAGACCAGGGAAGGCGCGCCGACGGCGCACAGCAGGACGAGCCCAGGCCCACGGAGAGCGAGCGACGAGAGAGCGGGAUCGAGAAGAAGAGCGUGCAGCCUGCGCACGUGCGCACGACGAGCGACGACCCACCCACGCCUCGUCACAGACCUCCGGAGCAGCCACCGCACGGGAGGGGGGGGGGGAGAGUCCGCACUACAGACCCGCCGCUACCCACGGGGGCACCGAGCAGCAGCGAGUCAACAACACAGACCGCGAAGCACCACGGCGCCACGUGCAGCAGCAGCACGAGGCCUGAGCACGGGACGUGCACACGCAGCACACACCACAGACAGACGCCCAACCGCACACCACGAGCACGAGCGAGGCAAGAUCCCACCAGGACCGCACCGGCCACAGAGCAGGGGCAGCAGACGCAAGCCGACGAGACGGUCCAGGCGGCGAGAGCAGGAUGCACAGGAGCCGCGGGGCACGCAGCGGACACGCCGAUACAGGAGCGGCAGCGGGCCACCGCACAGCUGCAGAGCCACAGGAACCCGACGCGCACCGCGAGCGAAGACAGCGACAGUGAGCACAGACCGCCGAGCGCCCGCCCCAGAAGCAGGAGAGCAAAGGAAAAGCGGCUCUCCGUGCUGCCUCUCCCUCGUUCCAUUUCGACUAAAAGAAAUGGCGAGGAAGACUACAUGGCUGGCAACACUUCGGUCAAGCACCACCAGACCCAAGGCACGGAGAACUCACCCUGUGGUCACCAUACCUUGGAACAUUACAGCUUAAGGCAUGAGCUGUGUCUUAUUUAUGAUGGGCACACUCCUACACUGCCGGUCGACGUAGCGAGAGCGGCAAAGGAAACCCCGCAGAUGGUCAUUGCAUCUCCCUUUGUUUUUAGGGGGAGAGUGGCUGCCCUGGCGUGGCUUUUAUGGGCAGGGGGGGCGUCGUGA